CUUCCUUCUCCCUUACUCCUUCUCACAUACUUUGACCUUUAAACUAACCAAGACAGAAGGGGCUUAAGAGUAUAGGAGUUGAGGCAGCUGGGAGUUCCUGAUGUGUUUUAUGACCAUAAGUCAAAAAGUAUAUUAACAAAAGCCAACUUUUUUUUAACAGGUGAACAAAACAUGACAGAAACAGAUGCCUUCCCUAUGAGAGAAGUGUUUGAUCCGGCAGAAACGUACAAAAUGGACCACAAGAGGAGAGGAAUUGCUUUAAUCUUCAAUCAUGAGAGGUUCUUCUGGCACUUAACCCUACCAGACAGGCAGGGCACCUGUGCCGACAGAGACAGUCUUAAGCGCAGGUUUUCAGAUCUAGGAUUUGAAGUGAAAUGCUUUGAUGAUCUUAAAGCAGAAGAACUACUGCUUAAAAUUCAUGAGGCAUCAACCGCUAGCCAUGCAGACGCCGACUGCUUUUUGUGUGUUUUCCUGAGUCAUGGUGAAGGCAACCACAUCUAUGCAUAUGAUGCCAAGAUUGAAAUUCAGACACUGACUGGCUUGUUCAAAGGAGACAAGUGUCAGAGCCUGGUUGGAAAACCCAAGAUAUUUAUCAUUCAGUGGAGGCGUACUGAAUCACACAUUCACCGUGAACAUGAAGCACUGGGAAGAACAGGUAGUAAAGGAGGGGAUUUUCCUCCUUGUCUCGUAGGCAUGUCGGGGAAGCCAGCACGAUGUGCCAGUCAUCCCUUUGGAUACAGUGGAUCAUCAGACAAACGAGCUGAAUGUCAACCUAACCCAGGUGGACGCAGCCUCAGUUUAUACACUUCCUGCUGGAGCAGACUUCCUCAUGUGUUACUCUGUGGCAGAAGGUUAUUAUUCUCAUCGGGAAACUGUGAAUGGCUCAUGGUACAUUCAAGAUCUGUGCGAGAUGCUGGGAAAAUUCGGCUCCUCCUUAGAGUUCACAGAACUCCUCACAUUGGUGAACAGGAAAGUUUCUCAGCGCCGAGUGGACAUCUGCAGAGACCCAAGUGCAAUUGGAAAGAAGCAGGUUCCCUGCUUUGCCUCGAUGCUAACUAAAAAGCUGCAUUUCUUUCCAAAAUCUAAAUGAUUGAUAGGUGCUAUUUUGUUUUAUGUAUCUG